AUGGUGGCAUUACACAAUAAUAACAAUAACAGUAAUAAGAAUAAUCAUAAUAAUCAUAAUAAUAGCAGUGAUAGUAAUAGCAAUAAGAGUGAUAAUAAUAAUAGCAAUAAGAGUGAUAAUAAUAAUAGCAAUAAUUUUUCUAAAAAUUCUUAUUCAACAUCAUCAAGCAAUCAUAAAAAUCACCCAUUAGAUUUAUUAUAUUUUGAUAGUAGCAUUGCAUCAAUACUGCACAAUCAGCCCAAUUUUAUAUUACAUGUUGGUGAUUCUGUACAAAAUUUUGAUAGUUUACAGCAAUGGCAAACUGAUUUUUUUGAUCCAUUGAUCAAUUAUAAAUUAAUCCAAAAAUCACCAAUGAUUUUUGCUCAUGGUAAUCAUGACUUUAAUCCAUUGUUAGAUUACUAUUACACAACAAAUAAAUUAUGGUAUUCAUUCACUAUAGCAAAUACACGCUGGAUAGUAUUGGAUAGUAAUAUUGAUGAAGAGUCACAGGAUAAAUGGUUGAUAAAAGAGUUAUCAUCAAUCGAAUCAAAAUUGGCCAAGUUUCGUGUUGUGGUGGUACACAUACCACCCUUUGUUGAAUUUUGGGAUCCAAAAUCCUGGAAUGAGAAAUCAGAAAAAUAUUGGGGUGAUUUUGUUAGGAAGAGGUAUGUGCCUCUAUUUCAAAAAUAUGAUGUUGAUUUGGUGAUAAGUGGACAUCAGCAUAAUUAUCAACGUGGUCAAUUUGAUGGUACUGUUUACACCAUAAUUGGUGGUGCAGGUGGUAAACUGGAUUUUGAGAGAGUUGAAGAUUGGAAAAUUUAUUCAAUUGUUAGAAAAAUUUACCAUUAUGUGUUGAUUGAAAUUUGGUCUGAUAAAUUGAUUUGGGUAGUUUAUGAUAUUAAUAAUAAAAUUAUAGAUAAAUUCGAAUUAGGAAAAAGAACAAUUUUCACUUAG